CACCAGCGAAACGCGCAGCCUGCGAUCCAGCAGCUUCAUGGGUGAAGGUCUCAACCGCGCCGCCCAGCUGCCUUUGGACGGUCUUCAGCUGGGCCGCAGCCGCAGCCGGACCUGGACCCCGCAGCAUCGACGAAGCUCGGGCGUUUUUUCCAAUCGACGCCUCGAUGAAUGGCUGUUUCCCAUCGAAGACGAAGAGGCGUACGCAACAUGGGUCUCAGGGCCCCGGCAGCAGUGGCUACAAAGUGUUCAGCGUUACGGAGGCUUUCGCGGAUGGCUGCUGGAGGGACUCGAGCUGCGAGGCAUGGAUGACAAGAACUACCUACUGGGCCUCCGCUGGCUCUCUGGAGUGGCUUUGCCACACAGUGCGCAAGCAGAGUGGGCACAGAGAAAGACCAUUGCGGAGGAGAUCGAGAAAGAUGUGCCACGCACCUUUCCAGGCCAUCCCUGCGAAGCGGCCUUGGCCCGGUCCUCCCGCGACAUUCUGCGGAUGCUGUGCUGUGCCCGCAACGUCACCGUGGGCUACACGCAGGGCCUGAAUUUCACCGCGGCGGUGUUGAGUUGCACCAUGGGCCGUGACGAGGCCUUCUGGUGCCUCACAGCCUUAGCCGAGUCGGUGGCGGCGCACUUUGUGUCCGGGAACAUGCUCCAGGGCGCGGUCGCCGAUUGUGAAUGCAUUGAUUGGUUGGCCUCGCAGUUGGAGCCGAAGCUCUUUGCUUUGUGCCGUAGCUCCGAGGGAUAUUCUUCGGUCAUCUUUGCACGGCCUCUAUGCACGCUGCUCUCAUGCUGCGGAUUGCCCGUUGAUGCCACUCUGCAAUGUUGGCGGGCCAUUCUUCAUUCCAGCAACCCGAGAAUCUUCCUGCUCCGCACCCUGGCCGCCUUCGUCCUACAGACCGCAGCACGGCUGCUGGCCGCUUCAAGCGGUGCCUCGCUGGAGCUCCCAGAGUUGAUGGAGGCCUUGCAGAAGACCUUCCAACAGACCUACGAUGCGCAGGUGGUGCUCUCAGCGGCCGCUGCCAGUGUUGAAAUCUUACCAGACUCCACACUUUCGAAGAAGUUGGAGGAGAUCGAGCAGCGGCUGCAGCAGUCGGCGGCCGAGUCGCAUCAGCGAAGGCAGAUGGAGAACCAAAAACUGCAGGAAAAAAGGCUGAAACAGCUGGUCUUGGAGGACAGAAGCGCAAGGCAAAGCUUGUUGCGUGAAAUGCAAUUAUUGUGGCGACAUGAGCGGCAUCGAGAUGUGUCACAGCUGGACUUCUUGAUGCUUCUGGCAGCAGAUCACCUGGACGUGAUCGGGGUGAAGAGCUCGACCUGGGAGGCGUUUCUCUCCACGGUUUUCGUGGAUCUUGAUUCCUCCCAUUCUGGCAUGGUGCUGCUGAAGCAUGCCCUCAUUGCGGUGGCCCUUCUGUUGGGCGAGACACCGCUGGAGAGGGUUUCUGCGAUCUUCUCAAUGUUGGAGAUCGAGAGCCUCUGCUUGCGUGAUGACUUUUUGGAGUUGGCGGAGGCGACGGGGCAAGAAAACUCGGCCAGUGAAUGGCUGGUCGCCAAUGGAAUUACGGAGAACCUGAACCAGAAUGUUUUCAUCAAGGCGUUGCUGGCACUUCCUUCCUUGGCACUGGCGACUUUAUCGACUUUAGACUCCAAACCCGGAAACGCGGGAAGUUUCAGUAUCUCCUUCACAUCUUCCUCGGGCACCUUGCUACCGGUGGCUCCAAAGUGGGUCCCAGACGAGCAGCAGGUGGCUUGCCAACUCUGUUCAACAUCCUUCACGUGUUGUCGCCGGCGGCAUCACUGUCGCGCCUGUGGGCGACGGACAUGUCGCCAGUGUAGUGGUCAGCGGCUGGCAUUGGCGAUCAUCGGAUAUCCGAAUCCCGUGCGAGUCUGCGAUGAAUGUUUCUUCGUGCUGAGUCCAGCCGUGUGAGGAAACG